AUGGCUGCUAACAAUGAGAUGGAAUAUGUCCGCCUGGGAAACUCGGGACUGAAGAUCUCUAAAAUCAUUCUGGGCGCCAUGUCCUAUGGCGCCAAGCAGUGGCAAGAUUGGGUACUCGACGAGGAGGAGGCUCUCCCUUUGAUUGAGCAUGCCUACAAGCGUGGAAUCAACACAUGGGAUACGGCCGAUGUCUACUCCCACGGCCGCUCCGAGGAAAUCAUUGGCAAAGCCCUGAAGAAGUUCUCUAUUCCCCGUAACCGGGUUGUCAUCCUCACUAAGUGCUACUUCGGUGUGGAUGACCAAGGUAACUUCCCUCCGAUUUCUGCUUCCGGUGUGAACGACGGUGAUUUCGUCAACCGGGUUGGCCUGUCCCGCAAGCACAUCUUCGACGCCGUUGAUGCCAGUGUCGAGAGACUGGGAACAUACAUCGAUGUGCUGCAGAUCCACCGGCUGGAUCGCGAUACCCCGCGUGAGGAAAUCAUGCGAGCUCUCAACGACGUGAUUGAGAGUGGCAAGGUCCGAUACAUCGGAGCCAGCACGAUGGCUGCAUGGGAAUUCCAGACUCUCCAGAACAUCGCCGCCCGCAAUGGCUGGCACCAGUUCAUCUCCAUGCAAAACUACCACAACCUGAUCGCCAGAGAAGAGGAGCGCGAGAUGAUCCCAUACUGCCGCGACACUGGCGUGGGCCUGAUCCCCUGGUCGCCCAUGGCUCGUGGUGUGCUGACCCGCCCCUGGGGCUCCCGCUCAACUGUGCGUGAAGCAACAGACGGGGCACUCAAGUUUCUCAUCCGCAGCCGCGAGACAGAAUCCGACAAGGCUAUCGUCGAUCGUGUCGAAGAGAUCGCUAAGAAGAAGGGUGUCAGCAUGGCCCAGGUGGCCAUUGCUUGGUCGCUGAGCCAUCCCAAUGAGAACCCUAUUCUUGGCCUCAACAGCAAGGAGCGCAUUGACGAGGCUGUGGCCGGUACCAAGGUUAAGUUGACCGAAGAGGAAAUCAAGUACCUGGAGGAGCCUUACAUCCCUAAGGCUAUCACUGCUCUGGAGCGGUAAAGAAUAGAAUACGAUGAUCAUAUAUGCAAACAAAAUGUCAUUCUAUACUCUUCUAAGAUCGUAUUGUUCAGUCACUCAAAUGAGC